CGGUAAUUAGAGUAGUUUUUUUCACUUCAUCUAAUUUUCCCUUAAUUAGAAUACCGUAACAGUCGCUGUAACAUCGUUUGGCAGACGUUGGUUUCUUUUAUUUGUCGUUGCAAACUGCUGUGACAGUUUCAUCAGCAGCUUUCAGUUAGGGGAGGAGUCGAGCACAUGGAAACCCCUCCUCUGUUUAAAUGUAUGUUGAUAAAUGAAAGAAUAACGAGGUAAAGAAGAUGGACAAAACUGAAUAAAAGACGUUUCACAGGGCAGGGACUUAAACAGGACAAGCUAAAGUGAGACUUCAGGAGGGUUAAGAUAUUAAAGUAACCAUGCUGCUGCGAAGGCUUGCUUUGUGUUCAAGGAGCUCUCUGGAUCUUCAGAGACCCAUAUGUCAGCUUUUCUCAAGACAACUCACACAAGUGGCCCAUGGCAGUUCUUUUGCACACCGCAGUGAACUUCGCCAGGCCAAGAGGAUUGUGGUUAAACUCGGCAGUGCUGUGGUCACACGUGGCGAUGAGUGCGGGCUGGCUCUGGGGAGGCUGGCCUCCAUUGUGGAGCAGGUGGCCAUGCUGCAGAACCAAGGCAGAGAGAUGAUGAUUGUCACCAGCGGAGCGGUGGCCUUUGGCAAACAAAGAUUAAGACACGAGAUCCUGCUGUCCCAGAGCGUCCGUCAGGCGCUGCACUCAGGACACAACCAGCUCAAAGACAUGUCUCUACCGGUGCUGGAGGCCCGGGCCUGUGCUGCAGCUGGACAAAGUGGCCUGAUGGCUCUGUAUGAGGCCAUGUUCACCCAAUACAGCACCUGCACUGCACAGGUCCUGGUGACAAAUCUGGAUUUCCACGAUGAUGAGAAGAGGCAAAACCUGAACAGCACGCUGCAGGAGCUGCUGCGCAUGAACAUCGUGCCCAUCAUCAACACCAACGAUGCUGUGGUGCCCCCGCCGGAGCCCAACAGCGACCUGCAGGGGGUAAAUGUGAUCAGCAUUAAAGACAAUGACAGUCUGGCGGCGCGGCUCGCCGUAGAGAUGAAGGCUGACCUGCUCAUCGCGCUGUCUGACGUGGAAGGAUUGUACAACAGCCCUCCUGGAACAGAUGAUGCAAAGCUCAUUGACAUCUUCUAUCCUGGAGAUCAGCAGUCGAUCACCUACGGGACAAAGUCACGUGUUGGGAUUGGAGGAAUGGAAGCUAAGGUCAAGGCUGCUCUCUGGGCUCUCCAAGGUGGCACCUCAGUGGUCAUUGCAAACGGCACCAACCCCAAAGUCACAGGUCAUGUCAUCACUGACAUCGUUGAGGGCAAGAAGGUGGGAACCUUCUUCUCUGAGAUCAAACCUGCAGGACCAACUGUGGAGCAGCAGACUGAAAUGGCAAGAAGCUCUGGAAGAACCCUAGCAUCUCUGCACCCAGAGCAGAGGAGUGAGAUUAUCUGCAAUCUAGCAGAGAUGUUAACCGAAAGGAAGGAAGAGAUCCUGGCUGCCAAUAAGAUGGACAUGGACCUGGCUGUGAAUGCAGGCCAUUUGCCACAAGCUAUGCUGAAGCGUCUGAGCUUGUCACCGUCCAAACUUAACAGCUUGGCCAUCGGUCUGCGUCAGAUCGCCGUGGCUGCACAGGACAGCGUGGGUCGUGUGCUGCGCAGGACUAGGGUGGCUCACAACCUGGAGUUGGAGCAGAUCACUGUGCCAAUUGGGGUUCUCCUGGUCAUCUUCGAGGCCCGACCUGACUGCCUGCCACAGGUGGCAGCAUUGGCCAUAGCUAGUGGUAACGCCCUCCUCCUAAAGGGAGGCAAAGAGGCGGCAAACACCAACCGUGUCCUCCACCAGCUCACCCAAGAGGCUCUCUCCCUGCACAGAGUCACAGAGGCAGUUCAGCUGGUGAGCACUCGGGAGGAAGUGGAGGAUCUGUGCCGACUGGACAAGAUGAUUGACUUGAUUAUCCCCCGAGGUUCCUCUCAGCUGGUGCGGGACAUCCAGCGGGCAGCCAAGGGUAUUCCUGUGAUGGGUCACAGCGAGGGAAUCUGCCACGUCUACGUGGACGCAGAUGCAAGCAUCGACAAAGUCAUCAAAAUUGUAAGAGAUUCAAAGUGUGACUACCCAGCUGCUUGUAAUGCCAUGGAAACCCUGCUGAUUCACAGAGACAUCCUCAGAACUCCACUGUUUGACCAGAUUAUUGACAUGCUACGCACUGAGCGGGUGAAGAUUCAUGCAGGCCCUCGGUUUGCCUCCUACCUAACAUUUAGCCCAUCGGAGGCAAAGUCCCUGCGGACAGAGUACGGUGACCUGGAGUGCUGCAUGGAGGUGGUGGACAGCAUGCAGGAGGCUGUGGAUCAUAUUCACAAGUAUGGCAGCUCCCACACAGACGUUAUCAUCACAGAAAAUGAGGACACAGCAGAGCAGUUCCUGCAGCAGUUGGACAGUGCCUGUGUUUUCUGGAAUGCAAGCUCACGAUUUGCUGAUGGAUAUCGCUUUGGUCUUGGAGCAGAAGUAGGCAUUAGCACGGCUCGUAUCCACGCCCGCGGCCCUGUCGGCCUGGAGGGGCUUCUCACUACAAAGUGGGUACUGAGAGGUGAUGGGCACACAGCUGCUGACUUCUCUGAGCAUGGUACAAUGAAGUACCUCCAUGAAAACCUGCCUGUUACGCAGCCUCUUGCUGGGCAGAGAGACAGCAACUAAGCCGGAGAAAUACCCAAGACUCUGAUGGUCUUAACUUUUGUCAAAAUGGUUCACCAGAAACUCCUGAAAGGGUUUGUAUUUCAAACCUGAAGCAUGCGGCAUUAAGAGAGAUGCUCAACACAUGGAUGUCUGCUUUAUCAGCUAGAGAACUCACCCAAGUCAGGCUCAUUCAUGGACUAAACGUUUACAGUAAAUACUACCUCAGCUCAUGAUACUUUAUAUAACAAAGGUAAGUCAUUCUCAGAAGUUCCUGCAAGAGGAUCUCAACAUUUUAUACCUUCACAUGAUUCAUUAAUUCGGGCUGCUGUUACUCAGCAAGACAAAGAAAAUACAGCAGUCAUGUAUCAAAGAACACCAAAGUUCUUGUUUUUUAAAAUGUGAUCUCAGGAUUCAGUAAUACAUUGUAAACUAAUCAUUAGAAUAUCAAUAAGAAAGUCAAAUAUUUUUAAGUAUUAGCACUGAAAUGUUCUUACCUUUAUUUAUCUUUCAGGUAAAUGAAGAUGUCUUUAUCUGAAAAGACUUUAAAUUAUAUUCUCAAAAAAAGAUCAGCUUAAAUUGAACACCUAAAGGUCCAUAUUUAUUUAAGAUGAUUGUUAAGGCUUAUUGCCCUCACUAAGUGCUUUCUUUGUUCAUUUUUAUUCUCUGACUGAUAUACAGUGUUGAAUCUUCAUUCCAUCUUUUUUUAAUGUAAAGUUACUUUAAGGGUCUGUGUCCAUUGACUGUACAUUUUGUGCCAGCAUAGUACAUUUCCUUUAUCUAAGUAAAUAUAACCAAGAAUACAUGAACUCAGUGUGAAGGAACCCCCUCCUGGCUUUUGCAGACCUUCAAAAAAAGACAAGUCAGGUUGGCUUCUCCACUACUAUACUACCAUAGAUAUAGCCAGUAUCUUUAAUCCCACUUGUUUGCACAUGGUGUCACGCAAUGUGUCCCGCUCUGCCCCACACCUGCCUGGAUGGCAAAAGGGGCAUGGUACUUGCUGAAUACUGGUGCUAAAUAAAUACAUUUGGCCACAGAUUCCCCACAGUAAUCUGUGUAGUGCACAUUUUGUACAGGAAAAGUUAAGAAAGCUUGGAAUGUCAGUAUUAAAUGCCCACAAAUCAGCAUUUUCUUUCUUUGUUUAAGGGAUAUUUUUAGGGGUUUUUAGGCCUUUAUUGAUAGAGGGGGAAGACAGUGGAGAGAGAGUUGGGGAGAGAAAUGUGGGAAAGGAGCCAAAGGCUGGACAACAUUUUCAAUAGCAGUGUCUCAUUUGUAACAGAAGCACUUAAUGGACCAACACUAAUACUAGCAUAACACCAGUGUUAUGGUCUAAAACGUGACCCUGUUUACUGGAAGAAAAUUUACAGAAUAAGAUGUUGAAAACAGAGAGAGUACUUGCAAAUGCCUCUUUGUGUAGUCUAAUGAGCAUAUUUGACAUGUUAAUGAAAUACUAAACAAAGAGGUGUUCACAAGAACAGCUGGGUAGUCAUCAGGGCUUUUGUAUGCUUUAGGAUCACUGCCUAUGUACAGGAAAUGCCUCUUUCAACCCGUUCCUCUCAAGGGGUGACACAGACAAGCAUGCUGAUUUAAUUGUAUUACUUUCUGUGCACCUCCAUUGCAGUAAGGGAUGUCUUGAUUGUACCUGUCUGCAAAAGGUCUUCAUUUUGACUGGUCAGUACAGGAGAAAUUACAUUGACUUGCGUGGUACUGUUCUUAAAGUUAGACUGUUUUCAACAGAAAUGCUGUCAGUGCCACAGAAAAAGGUGAUGCUGAGGGUUUUUAAUAGCUCAGGAUAUUAAGUGCUGAAGGCUAGAGAAGAGGAUUAGGGCCAGAGGUAAAGGAAAAAUAAUACUUUGUGCACUUCGAUAUUAUUGUAAAAAUGACAAAAAAGUAGAAAUUUUGAGAAUAAAGUCAGAGUUUCUUACCGCUAUUACUUUUACAAACCACACUGACAACCACACUGUUCAUGAGCCUAAAGAGAAAGAAUCUCUUUGUUUUUAAAUCCAACUUUCAAGUAUAGCUUCAAAUGUUCAUCAGUACAAGGUGUUUUGCAGAGACAGUUGAGAUAAGAUUGCUUCUUAUAGUAUUAUUCACACAGGAUUAGUAUUACCUUUUGACCUCUGAUAAUUCUUGAAUUAUCCUGUGACGUCAGUGUUGGGUGCGAUGCAUUCGCACAACAUCGAUGUAAAUACAUUUACAGACAUUUCUAAAGAAAAGGAUGAAGGGGAUUUUUUUUUUUCCAAAUUCCAUACAAAAAUAUCAUGUAGUGCCCAUUCGUGUUUUGCAAGUGACAUUGUCUUUGUGUAUUCUACAUAUGCUGUUAACUAGAGUUUCCAAUGGACAACAUGUGCCAAAGUGUUUCUUUUUUCUUUUUUACAGUUUAUAAUUUGCAGCAAGCUGUCCAUGAUCAAUAAACAAGUGAGCAAUCUCCCUUUGCUCCCCAAUUAUGCAUCUAGGAAGAGUCCGUCAUCUGUUCAUAUCUGCAGCUGAUCAGAUGGAGAGCAAAAGGAAAAGAGAGAUGAGCGCUGUUACAUCCCUGUUGAGAGAUGAGAGAAGUGAGAUGUUUCGUGCUGAAUAUAAAGCUUUCAUUUUUACAGCUUUAUGCAGAAAUGUCAGUAAAUUUGUCUAUAUCAACUUUUUUUACUGUGCAAAUACACCACACCAAACACUGACAACAUGGGGUAAUUCAUGAAUUAUCAGAGGUCAACAGGUAAUACUAAUCCUGUGCUAGUAGUACAAUAAGAAACCGCGAAUCUUGACUUUCUAAAGCAGUGUACACUUCGUGGACUAAAACUGUGACUACAAUGUUCGACAACCUUUUUUUCCAUGAC